UUUUCAUAAUGUUAUAUUCAAGUUUAAAAAAUAUACCAAAAUCCUAAAAUAUGUUAUUGACAUUAAACAGCAGGAAACGACAGAUGCUCCAAUGGGCGGCUGUUAGUCUAGUGGCGAAGGCGUUCGCCCGUUACGCUGAUGACCCCGGUUCGAUUCCCUACAUUGGUGCAUAGCAGGAAACCCAGUCUUCUCUGUCCCCGCGGGUUUGAAGGAUAUUGCUGGAGUGGAGUUAAACACGACUAACUCACCCACUCAACACUAUGCUCGUGGAAUCCGAAGUAGAAAAGAGUGCAUGAUUGCAGGAGAUGCUGAAGCGUGAAGCUGCUCGUUGAGUCACCGGUGAGAACGUUGCCCACAAGAAUAUGACGAGUGCAAAUGACUAGGAGACCGGGAGGUAUGUCUGCAGCUGUUACCAUGGAGAAGUCCCGGUCUGCUGCAGCACAGGAGGCGGAUGUAUAUCUGUAGCUGUUGCCAUGGAGAAGUCCCAGUCUGCUGCAGCACAGGAGGCCGGGGGGUAUAGCUGCAGCUGUUGCCAUCGAGAAGACUCAUUCUGCUGCAGCAGAGGAGGCCGAGAGGUAUAGCUGCAGCUAGUGCCACGGAGAAGACCCAGUCUGCUGCAGCACAGGAGGCCGAGAAGCAACUGCAGCUGCUGCUAAACUGGCCGUUGAAUACGCUGCUGCUGACGUGAGGUAUAACUGCAGCUAGUGCCAUGGAGAAAAACCAGUCCGCUGCAGCGCUGGAGGCCGAGAGGUAAAGCUGUAUCUGUUGUCAUGGAGAAGACCCUGUCUGCUGCAGCACAGGAGGCCGGGAGGUAUAUCUGCAGCUGUUACCAUGGAGAAGUCCCGGUCUGCUACAGCACAGGAGGCCGGGAGGUAUAGCUGCAGCUGUUGCCAUGGAGAAGACCCUGUCUGCUGCAGCACAGGAGGCCGGGAGGUAUAGCCGCAGCCGUUGUCAUGGAGAAGUCCCAGUCUACUGCAGCACAGGAGGCCGGGGGGUAUAGCUGCAGCUGUUGCCAUGGAGAAGACUCAUUCUGCUGCAGCAGAGGAGGCCGAGAGGUAUAGCUGCAGCUGUUGCCAUGGAGAAGACCCAGUCUGCUGCAGCAAAGGAGGCCGAGAAGCAACGGCAGCUGCUGCUAAACUGGCCGUUGAAGACGCUGCUGCUGACGUGAGGUAUAACUGCAGCUGUUGCCAUGGAGAAAAACCAGUCCGCUGCAGCGCAGGAGGCCGAGAGGUAAAGCUGCAGCUGUUGCCAUGGAGAAGACACAGUCUGCUGCAGCACAGGAGGCCGGGAGGUAUAACUGCAGCUGUUGCCAUGGAGAAGACACAGUCUGCUGCAGCACAGGAGGCCGGGAGGUAUAUCUGCAGUUGUUGCCUUGGAGAAGACCCAGUCUGCUGCAGCACAGGAGGCCGUGAGGUACAGCUGCAGCUGUUGCAAGGGAGAAGACACAGUCUGCUGCAGCACAGGAGGCCGAUAGGUAUAGAUGCAGCUGUUGCCAUGGAGAAAACCCAGUCUGCUGCAGCACAGGAGGCCGAGAGGCAACGGCAGCUGCUGCUAAACUGGCCGUUGAAGACGCUGCCGCUAACAUGGCUUAUGAUGAAGGCGUUGCAGCCGUUGCGGUCUCAAAUGUUGAAUAAACAGUGAUGGUGGAUACGAGUGAGUAGAACUCUUGACCCCAGCAGUGUCAAUUCGGAGGAUGUCCAUUUCUAGUGUUUGAAUGACAUUGUUAUAUACUUGUUACAAGUGCUGCUCAAUAAACAGUGAUGUGGAAUAUA